AUGAAAUUCUCGCAUACUCUAAAGUUCAAUGCCGUACCUGAAUGGGCUGAACAUUAUGUAGCCUACGAUUAUCUUAAAUCCGUCAUAUUCGAUAUCGAAAAGCGCCGUGUCGAAGCCAUCAACAGCCAUACCGACACCGAGAACGGGAGCAGUCGAUGGAUAAAGCCUCCAAGCGAGUCUGACACGACAGCGACGGAUGACGAUAAUGCAUUUGUAACAGCACUAGAUGCCCAGCUCGAAAAAGUAGCCAAAUUCUUUACACAGAAAGAGGUGGCGAUUUGUAAUCUCUUAGACAAUGUCGACCGCAAAAUCGAAGCGUGUCCAGAGGAUCCAUAUCCUGGAUGCAACAUGACCCUGUACACGCAUAACAGUGGAAGCGCCAUAACAUCACAUCGAAAUAAUACUCUCGAUAACAUGAUGACAAUGCAGAACAGCACCAACUCCUUGCAGGUUCCAGAUGCAUCUACACUUAGCAUCACUACCUCAUCGAAACUAAGUCAACAAGCGACCGUUAAAGCAAAUAAUAACAGCAACAGCAAGGACGACCAAGACCAUGACUGCAAUAACAGUAAUGUAGAAAAGCGAUAUACUAUCAGCACGAUAAGAGGCCCGACGCAAAAAGCUUCAUUCGAAUCGCGCCUUUCCGCUCAGACGACCAACGAAUCGGAAUCGUAUGUCGAGUAUCUGCUCGAUUUACGCAUGCAGUUGAUCCAACUUUAUGUCUUGGCCUCCGACCUAGAAUCGUUUGUCGAUCUGAACAAAACCGCGUUUAACAAGAUAUUGAAGAAGUACGACAAAGUGCUGGUCGGGCGUUUACGCAAAGAAUACAUGGAUAGCAAGGUGCUUGUUGCGAGGCCAUUCACUGAAGAAACAGCAAACAAAUUACACUAUGUCCUAGAACGCACAGAGCGGUUCUAUGCUGACAUGUUUUGCGACGGACAUACGCAGCGAGCAGUUCGCCAGAUGAAAACCCACUUGCGAGAUCAAGUAUCGUACGAACGCAACACCGUAUGGAAGGAUAUGGUCAGUCAAGAACGACAAAUUUACGGCGCCCACAUCAACGAACCUAAAGCACCUGAAAAAGUGUACCGGAUACCCCUGACGAAGUUCGACUUUCCAGCCAAGCAGCUGGGCAACGUUCUUCGUUUCCUCCUAGCGCUGAUUGUAUUUGUCGUCCUGGUGAAUGUCAAUAUCUUUGGGUCCACCGAGGAAAGUCGCUGCUUUGCACUACUGAUAUUUGCUGCGAUGCUCUGGGCCACAGAAGCAGUACCACUCUAUGCCACGUCGCUAUUGAUUCCGUUCUUGAUCGUACCGCUCGGUGUGAUGCGCAAUGAAGACAGAAGCCACAUGCCAGCUCCUGCAGCAGCCAAGGAAGUGUUUGCCUCAAUGUUCAGCGGUACAAUUAUGAUGUUACUCUCUGGCUUUGGAUUGGCUGGUGCAUUAUCCAAAUAUGGCAUUGCAAAAGCGUUUGCAACCCAUGUAUUGUCUCGUGCUGGCACACGACCGCGCUGGGUUUUAUUAUCUAUCAUGUUUGUAGCUGCAUUCCUUAGUAUGUGGAUAUCCAACGUCGCGACCCCCGUACUCUGUUUCUCCCUUAUUGAUCCAAUCCUCCGGACUUUGCCCGACAAUUCGCAGGUGGCGCCGUGUUUGCUCUUGGGAAUCGCCUUGGCGAGUUGUAUUGGUGGCAUGACUUCACCCAUAUCCUCGCCGCAAAACAUCAUCACCUUGCAAUACAUGAACCCGAGUCCUGGAUGGGGUAUUUGGUUUGCAGUUGCUCUGCCUAUCUCUAUCAUUUCCAUUUUCGUUUGCUGGAUUUUGCUCCUCCUGGUGUAUCGGCCCGAUCGUGUAUGCGCGCAUCUCAACACCAUCAAGCCGACGAAGGGCAAAAUCACGAUCCAGCAGGUGUUUGUCCUGUUAGUCGCAGCAGCAACAAUUAUCUUAUGGUGCGUCGAAUCUUCUAUUGAAGACGUAAUUGGCGAUACUGGUGUUAUUGCUGCUAUCCCCUUAUUUGUGUUUUUCGGCACUGGUAUUCUUGGCAAGGACGAUCUAAACGCUUUUCUAUGGAGUGUUGUGAUUUUGGCGCAAGGCGGGAUGGCGUUAGGGCAUGCUGUCACUUCCUCAGGUCUCCUGCAAAAUAUUGCAUUGCAUAUCAAGAGCGGCAUCCAACACUUUGAUGCUAUUACCAUCCUCAUAAUCUUUUCGUCACUUAUUUUGGUAUUUGCCACAUUUGUGUCCCAUACCGUCGCUGCAUUAAUCAUCGUACCGAUCGUACAGCAAGUCGGCCAGCAACUACCGCAUCCGCAUCCCAACCUGCUUGUUAUGGGCGCUGGUCUCGCCUGCUCGGCCGGAAUGGGGCUGCCAGUGUCAGGUUUUCCCAAUAUGUCCGCCGUUAUGUUGGAGGAUCGCAAGGGGAAACAAUACUUGACUACACGUGAUUUUAUUGUCACGGGAGUACCAACAAGCAUAUUCUGCACUAUUUUUGUGUGCACUUUGGGUUAUGGCAUAUUAUCUGCCGUUGGUUAUUGAAGUUAUACUUCUUUUUUGAAAAGGAAAAGAAGGAACAACCCCUCUAAUCACAUUAAUUAUUGCUUCAUGUAUAAAAGAACGGUCUAUCAUAUCACGACUACAUACACAAUAUAUAUAUACUAUGUAUACCCAACUUUGAAAAGACCCGAAAAACCCUCUUUAUAAAUACUCAAUUUUGUACACAAUAAAAGUCGUG